GUCAAAAUGAAAUCAGCUGAUUAGGUCAUGUCAUGUGAUUUGUUUAUUCUUGAGUCAAGUGACUUUUUGGGAGUGCUUUCAGUUUUCUAAAUUUCCAUAGAAAAAGGCAAAAAUGGCAUUACACAGCGCUACCAAAGGCAAAUUGAUUUCUGUUAUCGGAGACGAAGACACUUGUGUGGGUUUCCUGCUGGGCGGUAUUGGAGAGAUCAACAAGAACAGACACUCCAAUUUCAUGGUAGUAGAUAAAAACACCCCCGUAACUGAUAUCGAAGAAUGUUUUAAGAGGUUUUUGAAGAGGGAUGAUAUCGAUAUCAUUUUGAUCAAUCAGAAUGUUGCUGAAAUAAUCAGACAUGUCGUCGAUAGCCACAACAGUCCCAUACCGUCCAUUUUGGAGAUCCCCUCUAAGGAUCAUCCUUAUGAUUCUUCUAAGGAUUCAAUUUUGAGAAGAGCCAAGGGCAUGUUCAACCCAGAGGAUCUCAUCUAAUAAACGACUUCCGUAUGGCAAUAUAAAAAAUAUUAGCAUCAUAUUAUUUGUUUAAAUUUAGUUUACAUUCCUGUUACAAAUAGACUAUAAAAUUUC